AUGUUAUUGCUGAGGGUGUUUUUGGAGUGGAGGAAGGGUUGGAAGGAGCAGACGGACUGGAAGGAGGAGGCAGAUCGCAACGGCCCCCCUCGCCGCGGCCCCCAUCUCCUGCCCGACUUGCCCACCAACAUCUCCGUGACGGCGGGACGGCUCGCCACACUGCCCUGCCGCGUGGCCAACCUCAAGGGGCGUGCGGUGUCGUGGAUUCGGCAUGAGGACCUGAAGGUGCUGGCGACGGACGGCAUCACCUUCACCUCCGACACCCGCCUGCAGGUGCGGGCGUGGCGGACGGGCGCGGUGUGGGCGUGGGACCUUGAGAUCCACGAGGCCACGCUGGGCGACGCGGGCGUGUACGAGUGCCAGGUGAACACCCGCCCAAAGAUCUCGCACCUGGUGACCCUCCACGUGCACAUGGGGGGCGCGGUGAUCCCUGGCCCCUCGGAGGUGUACGUGGAGACUGGCUCGCGUUUGCUUCUCACCUGCUGGGUCCAAGCGCCUCCCCGCCCCCCCGGCCCCAUCACCUGGCUGCACGACCAGGAGCCCAUCCACGCCAACGGAGGCAGGGGCGGAGUGAGUCUGCACGUGGCUCAGGAGGGCGCCAAGGCCAGCGCCCGGCUCUCCCUGACCAGCGUGACGGCCCAGGACGCGGGGAACUACACGUGUCAGCCGGAAAGCCUUGAGCCCGCCCAGGUGACCGUGUUUGUGCUGCAAGACGAGGAGCCACGAGCCAUGCACCACGACGCAGCGGUGAGGGGGGGCGGCGGGGAGGGGUGUGUGGCCCUCCCCUUGGCCCUGGCACUCAUCAGCCUGACCCUCAGAUGAUGGCCCUCCACCACGUCGAUGCCCCGCUAACAACAACACCAUCAUCAUCACCAUCACCACAACAACCACCACCACCGCCGACACUACCAGAGCUUCGCCUUCAGUUCCUCCGUCGUGUAUUCCAAAGCCUCGACUUCUAAUGUUUCUUGAUGUCUUUCAUUCUCGGCUCCUCUUUUCGUCUUCCGCCUCCUCUGACUUCGCCUCUUCUUUCGACUGAAUCAUAUGACUGGUUUUCUUCAUCUUUCCGGUUCUUCGUAUUCUCUUCCUCCUCAUCAUCAUCUUUCGUGUCCUUUUCUUUUUCAAUCAUUCAUAUUUUUUCUUCUCUUCCUUUAUUCUUAUUUCUCCUCCUCCUCCUCCUUACCUACAUCAGGAAGGAAAGAAACAAAAAGAAGAGCUGAUUUAAUACCUAUCUCAAGUAUACUCUCUCUCUCUCUCUCUCCAAACAGUUAUCUCCACAAACGAUUCCUCGCGCUUGAGCUCACCAUCACCAACACUCCUCUUUAUUCCUCCUCCUCCUCCUCCUCCUCCUCCUCUUCUUCUUCUUCCUUUGCUUCUUCCUCCUCCUCCUUAUUCCCUUUAUCCUCCUCCUCCAAUCUCCGCCACCAUUUCUGAUAUUCCUCCCAGCGUCACUCCAUCCUUCUUGAGGGUUAGGUGUUAAUUGGAGGAAAGGAGGGAGGGAAGGGAGGGAAUGAAGGAGGAGGCGAGGGGAGGAUGGGAGGAGGGGUAGAGAGGAGGAAUGGAGGAGGAGGGAGGGAAGAAAGGGAGGAGGAGAUAGAGAAGGCAGGUUUGGGAGCAAUACACUCUGGUCCAAAGGAAGCCUGCUAUUCUGUUGUUGGUCUCUCUCUCUCUCUCUCUCUCUCUCUCUCUCUCUCUCUCUCUCUCUCUCUCUCUCUCUCUCUCUCUGAUACAAAAUUACUGGUAAAAUAACCAAAAAAAAAAGCUGAAAUUUCACACACACACACACACACACACACACACACACACACACACACACACACACACACAUUCACCGAACAUAAAUUAGCACAGAUCGAAACAGGUGGACCAAAAUGAUAAUACGCAAAGCACAAAAAUAAAAACACAAACGAAACACGAAACGGAUGGGGAAUAAAAGAAGACACGAGAACCGAUAAAAACACAUUAAUGAAACACGGAGACGAGACUGGGGAAAAAGUACAAUAAAUAAAAGGAGUAAAUAAAGGUUAAUGAAGCACGGAAGAAUGAAGGAAAUCCCCGAAAAAAAGCGUUAAAACGACAAAAAAAGGUCAAUAAAGUGGAUUAAAAGCAAAAAAAAAAAAA